AUGAGCUCGAAGGUAUCUGAUCUGACGGACUAUGCAGCACACGAAGCAGAGAUGGAUGCACUGGUUCAGAAGCUGCAGCAAGCUGAGAGCCCGCUUCACCGCAUCUCUGGCAGUGCAGCAGGAGCAGCAGCAGCAGCAGCAGCAGCAGCUGCUGCUGCUGCUGCUGCUGCUGCUUCCUCCUCCUCAGAUCCCCCCGAGGUGUAUCAGCUGCAGCGGCAGCAGCAGGGUGUACAUGCUGUGCGAACCCGUGCUGCUGCUGCAGCAUCAUCAGCAACAGCAGCAGCAGCAGCAGCAGCAGCAGCAGCAGGAGUUGGUGGUCCUAGUGGCGCAGUCGAUCCAGGAGCAGCAGCAGCGGCAUCUACCGCCGCAGCAGCAGCAGCAGCAGCUGCUGCUGCUGCUGCUGCAGUUCAUAGAAACGAAGAACUGAUGCAUGCAGACGUACACUGCAGCAGCAGCAGCAGCAGCAGCAGCAGCAGCAGCAGCAGCGCUGCUGCUGCCUGGUACAGCUCCUGCCCCACAGCUGUCGAUGAGCCCCUCUCCCCAUACACCCCAACGCAGCGCAGCUGCUGCACUGCAGCAAUGCUUCCUCUUCUUUGA